CUCCGCUCCGCGCCGCGCGGCGCGCACCGCCCCAGCCCCCCGACCCCCGCCAUGGCGAGGGCGCUCAAGAAGGGAUUGUUGUGCCCGAGCGUCGUGAGGAAGAAUUGGCUGCUGCUGAGCACGGUGGCCGCCGUGCUGGCGGGUAUUGGAAUUGGUGUGCUAGUACGAGAAUAUGGCAAACUCUCUAACUUGGAUAAAGUCUACUUUGCAUUUCCUGGGGAACUGCUGAUGAGAAUGCUCAAACUCAUCAUUCUGCCAUUAAUCAUAUCAAGUAUGAUCACAGGCGUUGCUGCUUUGGAUUCCAGCGUUUCUGGGAAGAUUGGUUUGCGAGCAGUUGUGUACUAUUUCUGCACUACAGUCAUUGCUGUAAUACUAGGGAUUGUCCUUGUUGUGACCAUUAAACCUGGAGUGACUCAAAAAGCAAGUGAGAUUGACAGAGUGGGCAGUUCCCCAGAAGUCAAUACUGUUGAUGCCAUGCUGGAUCUGCUCAGGAAUAUGUUCCCAGAGAACCUUGUGCAGGCCUGUUUCCAACAGUAUAAAACCAAACGUGAAAAAAUUAAAGAUACAACUGCUGUGGAUAAAAAUAGCUCCAUAUUUCGAGAAGAACCCAGUACAACAGCUACGACAGCAAAGGCUUCAGAGAACAAAACCCAAGAAUAUAAAAUCGUGGGGAUGUAUUCCAAUGGCAUCAAUGCACUGGGGUUGAUUGUCUUCUGUCUUGUUUUUGGAAUGGUUAUUGGGAAAAUGGGAGAGAAAGGACAAGUGCUGAUGGAUUUCUUCAACGCACUGAAUGAAGCUACAAUGAGAAUAGUUCAGAUAAUUAUGUGGUAUAUGCCAAUUGGUAUCGUGUUUUUAGUUGCUGGGAAGAUAAUAGAAGUUGAGGACUGGGAAAUCUUUCGUAAAUUGGGUCUUUAUAUGGCUACAGUAAUAAGUGGCUUGAACCUGAAACUAACAGGUUGUCCUAAACAUUUCUUGUAUCUCUUAUCAAGACUUGCAAUCCAUUCCAGUAUAAUCCUGCCACUUAUCUACUUCAUAAUAGUAAGGAAAAAUCCUUUUCGGUUUGCCAUGGGGAUGGCUCAGGCACUUCUGACAGCUCUCAUGAUCUCUUCCAGUUCAGCAACUUUGCCUGUCACCUUCCGCUGUGCAGAAGAAAAAAACUUGAUUGACAAAAGAAUCACGAGGUUCGUUCUUCCAGUUGGAGCUACCAUCAACAUGGAUGGCACAGCUCUUUAUGAAGCAGUAGCAGCCAUAUUUAUUGCACAGCUGAAUGACUUAGAACUGGAUAUUGGCCAAAUAGUUACCAUUAGUGUCACAGCUACAGCAGCCAGCAUCGGGGCUGCAGGCGUGCCCCAAGCCGGACUUGUCACCAUGGUGAUUGUGCUGAGUGCCGUUGGCCUGCCUGCCGAAGAUGUUACUCUGAUCAUUGCAGUUGACUGGCUUCUGGAUCGGUUCAGAACCAUGGUGAAUGUCUUGGGAGAUGCCUUUGGUACCGGAGUAGUGGAGAAGCUCUCAAAAAAGGAGCUGGAACAGAUGGAUGUCACCUCUGAAGUCAACAUAGUCAAUCCUUUUGCCUUGGAAACAACAAUACUUGAUAAUGAUGAAACACAGGCCAAGAAAUCUUACAUCAAUGGAGGCUUUGCUAUAGAUAAAUCUGACACCAUAUCCUUCACACAGACAUCCCAGUUCUAAAUCCAGUAGCUUUCAGAUAAAAAGGAGCAUUAGGGGACAUGGUCAUAUGCAAUAUCUCAAAAAGCUUAGAGGAAAUUGAGAAUUAAUUACAUCUCACUUACAUUUGAUUUACCACACAGACUCUGAUUCUCCUUACCAGUUCUGCCCCUUCUCAUCAUCUCCCUCAACAGUUUGAACUCACCAUUGUUAGUCCUUACUGAUAGGUUGAAGAAAAAGACAGUUGUAAAAUACUUUUUUAUUUAAUUUUUUUUAAUGUAUACUAUUCCUGAGGUUGUGAAAUGCCUCUCUGUAAUCAGCAUGCUCAUAAAUGGGCCAUAGUUGGAACAGAUAAAUGUGUUUUACUCAGGAGUAGCGCAGCAUUUCACACAUUACCACAUCACAAAGCACCUGUAUGAAAUCCCUUUUUACAUCCUUGCCUUUUAAACAGGUUGCACAGUACUUGACAACUCCUGUAACUUGAUCAUUUGCCAAAAUGCUAAUUUCUGCAGCUGAGGGGAUAUUACUUGCGUGAUUCAGGAAAAAACAGACCAGAAGGGCCUUGUAAUAAGUACAUUUUACUGUGAAUAGGGUUUAGUUUUUCUUCAAUUGUGAAAUAAUUAAUCACUGAAAGACGUCCAGUAUUUAUGUAGCUAUGUUUCCCCAUACCUUUCAUGUGAAUGCCAGCUCCUGCUAUUGGCCUUCAGUUGUGAAAUAAAUUGGUCUGAGCUGGCUUUUCUGGCAUUUGAAAAGCUUUUUAAAAUGGUACUUUACCUGUUUAGGUCGACUUUGAUGGCUUCCUUGUACAUUUCCAUCAGAAACAAACAAAUCAAUUUUAUGUUGUCUACUUUUGAUUUUAACAAAAUAUUAGUCAGCCCAAAAGUAAGCAGAGGUCAUGAAGACAAAAGUGCAAAGUGCAAAUUCUAAAUAUUUCUUCCUUGCAAUAAAAGCAGAUAGAUAGAUAUAUACAUAUAUACAUAUAUCAAGAAUGUAGGAAUUAGACCUUUCUCAUAGAAAGAAGCCACUCUCACUAAACUCCUUACACAGACUGGUUGUUUUUUUGGCUCCUUGGUUUAGUUUGUCAGUUGAACAUGCAAGUUUAUAGCUGCAACACCACUACAGUGCCAACCUGUCAGCUAAACUGUAUCUUUAUGAAUCAUUUCUGGACCUAGAAAAUCAUGUCCUCAGGUGGCUUGCUGUAA